AUGGCGAGCGGCAGGGGCGGCAGCGCGGCAGCAACUGCGCUGGUGCUGGUGGCUUUCGUGUGUUUGCAGCCUUGUGCUCCCGUGCAGGGCCGUGUGGCGAGGAAGAGCCUGCUGGGUAUCGGCCUGGGUGGCGAACAGGGGCAGGGUGCAGGGCUCGGGCUUGGACUCGGCCUUGGGCUCGGAGCGGGCACUGGAGGUGUCUCUGCGUCCGGGUCUGGUUCUGGGUCUGGCUCGGUAGCUGGGGUGGGAUCGACGUCAGGCUCCAGGUCCGGGUCGAUAUCUGUUGGAGGGGCAAGCUCGUCUGCUGGGUCGAGUGCCGGGUCUAGCGCGGGGUCGGGCGGGUCAGGUGCGGGGUCUUCUGCUGGGUCUAGCGCGGGGUCGGGCGGCGGACAAGGCUAUGGUCUAGGCGGUGGCAGUGGGUCGGGCUCAGGGUCUGGGUAUGGUGAGGGUGGAGGUUCCGGGGGCGGGUCGGGGAAUGGAUUAGGCUUGGGGUAUGGAGAAGGGUAUGGACAUGGGUCGGGCUCCAGUGGGAACCCCUGA